AUGGAUUCCACCACCUCCGCACAAGGCUCUGCCGGUUCGUCAAGCGCGAAUAGCAGCAGCUGGACCGCAUUCCUCAAGUCGAUUGCAUCGUUCAAUGGCGACCUCUCCAGCCUGACGGCCCCGCCCUUUAUCCUUUCAGCCAAAAGCUUGACUGAAUUCAGCUCCUACUGGGCCGAACACCCGGCCAUCUUUGCUGCCCCGGCCAGCGAGCCCGAUCCCGAAAAGCGCGCCGUCCUGGUGCUCAAGUGGUUCCUGACUACGCUUAAGCAGCAGUAUGCCAGCCGCAGCGAGCAGUACGGCAACGAGAAGAAGCCGCUCAACCCCUUUCUGGGCGAGCUCUUCCUCGGCCGCUGGGAAGACGAAGAGUCCGGCACCACCGAGCUUAUCAGCGAGCAGGUCAGCCACCACCCGCCAGCCACUGCCUACAGCAUCACCAAUCUUCCCACCGGUGUCCAUUUGGAGGGCUACAACGCCCAGAAGGCCUCCUUCAGCCGCUCCAUCAACAUCAAGCAGAUCGGCCACGCCGUCCUGACCGUUCCCGUACCAACAUCAGCCACACAAACACCCGCGUCAGCAGCCGUCAACGGCAAUGGCACCACCGAUACUUACGUCAUCACGCUGCCGGCCAUCCACGUCGAGGGCCUAUUUGUCGGCGCCCCCUUCCUCGAGCUGGAGGGCUCAACCUACAUCACAUCGUCCACCGGCUACACAGCGCGCAUCGACUACUCCGGCCGCGGCUGGAUCAGCGGCAAGAAGAACAGCGUCACUGCCGUGCUGUACCGCACUGGCAACGAGCGCGACGUGCUGUACCAUGUCUCCGGCCAGUGGACCAAGGCUUUUGACAUCUUCAAGGGCCCUGCCAAGAGCCAAGACCUUUUCAUCAGCUACACCCCCGAGUCCAAGCCGACCACCCCGCUGAUUGUCGAGCCCAUCGAAGCCCAGCACCCGCUCGAGAGCCGUCGUGCCUGGGCCCGUGUUGCCGCCGGCAUCGCCAAAGGCGACCUCGACGCUGUCGGCCUCGAGAAGGGCAAGAUCGAGACCGCCCAGCGCGAGGAGCGUACGCGCGAAAAUGCCGAGGGCCGCGACUGGACCCGCCGCUACUUUACCGACGCAGCUGCCGGCCGUAGCACUGCCAGCGAUCCUGCCCUUGCUGCCCUUGGCAGCGCCGCCGGCCUGUCCGCCAAUGGCGACUGCGACAAGACUGGCGGCCUCUGGCGCUUCGACAGCGCAAAGGCUGCUGCUGUCCGCCAAAAGGGGCCCCUGUCCGAGGCCGAGGCUGCCGAGCUGGCCAAGCGUCUUCUAGGCCAGUAG